AUGAAAGCUGCUUCACUUUCGCAGUUGAAAGAUCUACUUGGUCCCAAAACUGGUGAGCGCCUCUAUUGGCUCUGUCGUGGAAGAGACCCCACUGAGGUGCUGCACUUUGAACGUGAGCGAAAAUCGGUCUCCGCUUGCAUAAACUACGGAUUGCGGUUACAAACG